GGCGCGCGCGGCACUGUCGGACUGCAGCGAGCGGCUGUGUUUUGGUUCCUUUUUAAGUGCUCCUCGCGGUUUUUCUACCUCGCGCAGCAUGUCGGGCCGCGGCAAGACUGGCGGCAAGGCCCGCGCCAAGGCAAAGUCGCGCUCGUCACGCGCCGGCCUGCAGUUCCCAGUAGGCCGCGUACACCGGCUGCUGCGGAAGGGCCACUACGCCGAGCGGGUGGGCGCCGGCGCGCCGGUCUAUCUGGCGGCGGUACUCGAGUACCUCACCGCAGAGAUCCUGGAGCUGGCGGGCAACGCGGCCCGCGACAACAAGAAGACGCGCAUCAUCCCCCGCCACCUGCAACUGGCCAUCCGCAACGACGAGGAGCUCAACAAGCUGCUGGGCGGCGUGACGAUCGCCCAGGGAGGCGUCCUGCCUAACAUCCAGGCCGUCCUGCUGCCCAAGAAAACCAGCGCCACCGUGGGGCCGAAGGCGCCGGCGGGCGGCAAGAAGGCCACCCAGGCCUCUCAGGAGUACUGAGGGGUGCCCGUACUGCCCCCGGCCGCCGAGCCCUCCCCGUGCCACCACAAAGGCCCUUUUAAGGGCCACCA